AUGCUUGAAUCGAACAGUGAUAAGAUAAAGUUUGCUCCUGUUAAGGAGGUGGACUACAAAAAACCAGUGAGCAAGAGUAAAAACUAUACUCUUAUUAACGACAUCCAGCCAUUGGAGUGGUAUUGUCACAAUGAUAGUGAAAGUGGUUACCAACACACCGUAAAUAAUAAGACAGACGGUGGUAGGGGUUUAUUCAGAGUAAUGAAGAAAUCGAUGGAGACUAGAGUGGAGACCCAAACGCUAUAUUUUACAGAUUUGCAAACAGGCUUGUGUGGAUUUGUUCAAUUACUGUAUUCUACGGUUAUGGGUGGUUUCUAUAAAGGUUUCCAAUUAAAUUUCAAGGUUUUCGGCUCAGAAACUAAUAACACUGACUACGACGUCUGGGAAAGUUUCAAAUUGGACGAUAUAGCUGAAUUUCAACCAUUGAAGUUUGUCUCUAGAAGCGUCAUUUUUGAAUUCUUGGACAAUAAGGAUGAAAAAUUGGGUUCCAUUGGCCAGUUAUCUAUCAAAUGUGAUCUACCAACAUGUAACAAUACGAUUCAGAAUUUGAAAAUUGAUUUGUUGGUGGAUUUGUUUCAAGGUUUCAAGAUGAACCCUAAUGGCUGUAAUUAUUAUUUUGAUAAACAAGUCUCGACGAGUGAUGAAUCCAUUUCCUCAGACAAAAUGAUCAGACAUGUGUUCGUACCCAGAGGUAAAUGCAAUGGUCAUAUUUCCUACGAUAAAAAACUCAAUAGCGGCGGCUUCCAAAAUAAGAAUAUUUCACUAGCUGACGUUCCUGUGGUUUAUCUGGACGCCGUUCAAGGUCUUUUACCAAAUAAAGCAGCCAGUAAAUGGAAUUUCUUAUGCUUUCAAAGCGAAAACUACUCUGUUCUGGCUAUAGAAUUCACCACUCCUCAAGAACACGAUAACGUCACAGUAACAGUUUGGUCAAUUACAGAAAAAAACAAACUGAUAUCCAUUGGUUCUUCUGUCCAUAGCCCAAAACGUCAUGUGAGGUUCCGUGCCACUAGUACAGAUAAAGAAAGUGGCUGGGUAUAUCCAACCUCCAUCAAGUUCCCCGGUGGAUUUUCAGAACACGACUUGAGGCUAGUUAAUAGAUACGACGUUCUUGGUGAGUUGCCAAGCAUGGUUAGGUCGUUAGCUCAAAAAAUUGUCAGUAUUAAACCUUUCAUCUAUCAGUACUGUCAACCUUCUAAGUAUAAACACGAAAAAGGUAUCUCCAUCGUUGAAAGUACUUUCAUCAGUUGA